AUGCCACCGGCCUGCCCCGAGGAGGAGAGGCAGCGAGCUGCUUUUCUCUCCAUCAUGUCUGUGGGGCUUGUCCUGGCUGCCUUCCUGGUGGGGCACAUGGCUGCUGCCAACAGCUCUUGCCAGGCCCUCUUUAACCUGCCAGGGGACUUCAUCAUCGGGGGCCUCUACCCAGUCCAUAGCAAUAGCACUGAGCGGAACAGGGCUCGCCCACUUCAGCUGCCUUCCUGCGAGAGGUGAGAGGGCUGGUUUUUUUGUGUUGUGUUGUGGGGAUGGGGCUCCUCUUUCUUCUCCCAUCCCUGAAGCAGAAAUCAGGGCUGUUUCCUCAGCAUGCUUCACCCCCUUUGACUCUUCCUCUGUCUUUGGCCAGCUGGUGGGCACCUGGUUGUGGGGGCAGCAAUGAGGAGGCUGCAAAGGGUGCUGAGGAACACAAAAGAGGGUCUGGCUUCUGGCUGGGUCAGACCAAAAGGCGCCCACUUAGCCCAGCCUUCUCUGCUCAGAGCAGGAAUCUCUCAGAUAGGACUGUGGCGCAGCACACAGCGUCUUUCUCUAGCAGUUGUGCACACUCUUUUUUCCUUGGACCAUCACAGAGCUGGGAGGCCAGGAAUCUGGAGAAGUGCAACCUCGAGACUGUGGGCCACAAUUGGCCCUCCAUCCCUCUCUAGCUGCCCUGGGCAUGCCUCUCCCCGUUUUAGGAGACCUCUUCUGCAGCCACCCUCCCUCUCUGCCUGCUGGCAAGUAAACUUGGAGUCUGUUUAUAACUAGUUUUGACCUACAAACCCUUGCACGGCUUGGGACCUCCACACCUCGAAGGACCGCCUCUCCUCAGAUGAACCCAGCUGGAAUGUGCACUUGUCAUCUGAGGCCCUUCUCUAUACCCUCACUCCAUGAGAGGGCUUGGAGGGUGGCAAGACGAGAACGGGCCUUUUCUGUGGUGGCUCCCUGUCUGUGGACUGCUCUCCACAGAGAGCUUGCCAGGCGAAAACAUUCCUCUAUUCAGGCCAUCGGCCGUUAAAUAAUCUAUGGUUUGUUAAAUGUGUGUUGGGCUGGGGGCUGGGACUGUUAUUAUGAUUAUUUAAUUGUGCUCCAUAUUAUGUUUUUUAUCAUUAUGCUCCAUAAACUAUGUCCUUAAUGUUGUACACUGCCCUGGGAUCUUUGCAUAAGGGGCAGUAUAUAAAUCAAAUUAAUUAUAAUAAUAAUAACUACUUUUUUAUAUAUAAAUUUAUUUGGUUUUUCAGAUUAAAAUUUUACAGUCACAUAUCCAACAUACAACAUUGAAACCAGAUUCCAAAGAAUCUCUGAAACUUCCCUCCUCCCCUUUGUGGGUCUUAUUGUUAAUCAUUUCCUCCUGCAUCUUUUAUAAUAAUCCAAAUCUUUUACCUCUCCAUUGUUUCCAAAAUUCACCGCUAAACUACAAGUGUUAUUCCAAUCCUACUAAUGAUUUUAACUGUUUGCAAUGGUUUUUAAGAUAAAUUAUAAAUUUCCCCCAUUCCUUAUUAAAGUUUUGGUCUUCCUGAUUUCUGAUUCUUCCGGUCAUUUUAGCCCUUUCGGCAUAACCCAUCAACUUGAUCUGCCAUUCUUCUCUGGUAGGGUUACAAAUUCCCACAAAAUGUGUGUGUGUUGAGGUACCAUUUCUACAGGCUUAAUUGAGCUCCACGUUUAUUUCCUCAGUCUAAACCCUUCGGGCUAUGCUCAAUUUCAAGCCAUGAGGCUGGCUGUUGAGGAAAUCAACAAUUCUUCUACUUUGCUCCCCAACAUCACCUUGGGAUACCACAUAUGGGACACCUGUCAAGAAAGCCUUCACCUGCAAGCCGCCUUCCAGCUCUCCCCACACCAGUGGUGCCGCUCGCACCAAGGAGGCUGUUCCCAGAGAGUCAUUGGUGUGGUGGGUCCCGACUCAGCCGAAAUGACGCAGCUGACAGCAAGAGUCUUCACCUACUACGGCCUUCCGCAGGUGAGCUGCUAAAUUGAUGCUAUGCAUUAGUCUCGGUGGCCUUAUUGAGAAAUGGUUUCAACAUCCGACUCUGUUGCCGUCUCUGCUCUGCUGAAGUGGUGGGACUACAAAUGGUCUGGUUCGUUGUGGUGUCAGCCAUAUUUGCGUAUAUGUGAACUAACUGUUGCCAGAAAAGCUGUGGAAUGAACCUCAAGGGAUUCUCAGGCACCAAGCAACCAGGUUGGGGGAGGGAAGGAAGACCCCAAAGGCAGCAGUUAAGUCAGCCAAAUCCUUGCUAGGCCCUCACCAGUUGGGUGAAUGUGUAAAGUGGAACUGGUCUGGAAGCUUUGACUUCCGCAGACUGCGGCAGGCAGGUUGCUCCCAGGAGAGGAUGUCCCAGGGCUAUAUUGGUUGCCAGCAUGCCGCUGGGACAGGUUCAAAGCUCUCAUGUUAAUUCAUUCACAAAGCCCUAAGUAACUUGGGCACUACAUGUAAAAUGUCCAAAUGACAGACAAUAGCAAACACAGCAGGUGGCUGAGAGGAGCCUGCAGCUGCCUCACCCAGCGAUGUAGGCGGCUUGGGAGAGUUGGCAGCGCCCGCCGGUCAGGGCCAUGGCUCAGUGGGCACAGCCCCACUACCACAACGCUUGCAUGCAGAAGGUCCCAAGUUCAACCCCUGUCAGGGACUGGACUGAGGAGGAAUGGUGGAGACUGCCCUCCCCUCCUCCUGCACUUCCCAGAGAAGAGGGAGAGACAGUAUAGAUUUAGAACAGUGGUUUGCAGAAGGUCACAGUUCAGAGGCUGCAGAGGGGAGAAGCUGGGAAAUAUUGGGAGAGGAACAGGGAAAAGAAGCAACACCAGGGGAGAGACAGUUGACAGACUCAGGGACUUGAGAAAGCAUUCCACACACACCCCUCCUAGGACCCAGCGGGCAUUGAAAGUAAAACAGAAAGCUCAGAGGCAGAAAGCACAGAUCAGCCAAUGUAGGGAUGACAUAUCAUAGGAGAGAUGGAGGGGUUUACUCAGAGCAACGCCAUUAUCCAAGAGAGACUGCAUUUCUAUGUCCAGGGGCGGAGGAAGGGGGGGCGGUGGGGGCGGGUCACCCCAGGUUUCAGCACUGAGGGGGGUGACAAAAUGCUGGGCAGCACCCAUCGCGGGGCCUGCAGCAUGCCUGAGCCAUGCAUCUUUCACAGGAGUGACACAGUGGCUUGGGCGCCCGCAGACUCCGCACUGCCCCAAACGGUUCGCCCGCCACCUCCCCCUCAGCUGUAGGGCAGCUGAGUGGGAGGAGGCAGGCAGACUUCUCAGAGGCCCCAUGGAGCGUCCUGCCCCGGCUGGUCCUGCCCUUGGACGCAGGGCACAUGCGCCACCCUAGGCGCCCAAUCGGCUUGCUCCGCUGCUGUCGAUGUCUCUCUCUGUGAAUAUUGACUAAAAGAUAUUGGUAAGAGCUUCUUGUCUUUCCCUUACUGGCAGACUGCCGUGAGGGAGGGGAAACAGAUUCCUUGAAGCCUGACAACCCCCUUGCAUCUGGCAUCUCCAGGCAGGGCUAGGAAACAUUCCCUGCUGCCAGGCAGUGUCAACCACAUAGAACUAGGUGUAUGUUGUUAAUACGUUGUUUAAUGGCCAGUGGUUGCUCAUGUUGUAGUUGUUAAUGUUUUUGUUUUUAUUUUUUAAUUGAUUUUCAAAAUUUCAAAACAGACAAACAGACAUACAUACAUCCUGUUUAAAUCUUGAUAACAUUAUUAAGUGACUCAAAUCCCCUUGGUUGAAUUUCAUUAUAUAUCAUUAUAACAGUUUUCCAAAAUCUAUUUUUUCAAAAAAUUAACUUGGUCACUUAACAUCUUUCAUUCUUUCUAAUUUAACUUUAAACAUCUUAAAACUUAUCUUUACAUAUUUGAAUCCUAAGCCUAUCUAUUUAUUUGCAAGCUUUUCCAAUUAAGUUAUCUUAACAUAUUUAGCUAAAUAGUCUUUAAAUUUCAUCCAUUCUUCCUGAUACUCCCCCUCCUUCUGGUCGCAGACUCUUCCAGUCAGGUUGGCCAGCUCUAAAAAGUCCAUCAUCUUCAUCUGCCAAUCUUCCACUGUUGGUAUUUCUUGUGUUUUCCAAUUCUUCGCUAACAAAAUUCUUGCUGCAGUUGUGGCGUACAAAAAUAAUUUAACAUCUUUUUUGGGCAAUUCCAAACCUGUUAUUCCAAGAAGAAAGGCCUCUGGUUUCUUAAUAAAUGUAUAUUUCAACAUUUUUUUCAAUUCGUUAUAAAUCUUCUCCCAGAAGUCUUUCACCUUGGGGCUGUAGUUGUUAAUGUUUUUAAACUUGGUCGCAAGUAUUAGGUGACUAAUGGAUGCGAUAAAUGAGAGCUCCCCCACUUCCUCCAUCUGCACCUGGUAAGAAGAGAAGAAGAGAAGAAGAAGAGUUUGGAUUUGAUAUCCCGCCUUUCACUCCCUUUAAGGAGUCUCAAAGCGGCUAACAAUCUCCUUUCCCUUCCUCCCCCACAACAAACACUCUGUGAGGUGAGUGGGGCUGAGAGAGAAGUGUGACUGGCCCAAGGUCACCCAGCAGCUGCAUGUGGAGGAGCGGAGACGCAAACCCGGUUCACCAGAUUACGAGACUACCGCUUUUAACCACUACACCACACUGGCUCUCACUGUAAGAACACACUCUGCUCUGGGCACUCUCUGAGCUGUGCACACACCAUUGCAUAUUGCCCUCCUGCUUUUAAAAACGUGCCUGUCUCCUGUCCAGGUCUCAUACAGUAUCAAGGAAGAGAUCUUUGCUGACAAGAAGCUCUUUCCGCUGCUUUUCCGUACGAUCCCCAGCAAUGACCACCAGGUCUCGGGGCUCAUCUCCUUGAUCUCGGCCUUCGGCUGGGAGUACAUCUCCGCUGUGGACAGUGGCACCAAAGCCAGCGAGAAAACAGUUCAGUCUUUGAUUGCCAAGGCAGCAGCCAAGGGCAUAUGCAUUUCCUACCAGGGGCUGAUGACGGCCGAUCUCCGCAUCUUGGAAAGCCGGCUGCAGAGGGUGAUUGAGAACAUAGAGAAAGCCAGAACCAACGUCGUCGUCGUCCUUUCCAAUGCGGCCAUUACCAGGAAGUUCUUCCACGCUGUCACCAAACUGAAGAUCAAAGGCAAAGUCUGGAUCGCACCCGAGUCCUGGAUCUUAACCGACACGAUUGCUUCCAUACCGAACAUCGAGCAAACAGGCACUGUGCUUGGACUCACCGUCAAGCCAGUCAAACUGCCUCAAAUUGUACACUUUGUUGAGAAAACGCUACAGCGCUUCCCGUCAAACAAGACGGAUGGCCCUUUGCUCUCUGAAGCCCCGACGGUGGAGGCUUGCUCCCAGUCCUGCGAUGAGAACCAACUGCUCUCUCCGGACGCUUUAGCCAACAUUUUGAACAGUUCCGUUUGGCAGUGGUCUUUCUAUUCGUACGCUUCCGUCUAUAUCCUGGCCGAGGCCCUCCACAACCACCUGGGGUGCAGCCUGCAAGGAUGUCCAGCAAGCAAGGAGUUCAAGCCACGACAGGUAGUAAUAAUAAUAAUAAUAAUAAUUUUUAUUUAUACCCCGCCCUCCCCAGCCAAGGCCGGGCUCAGAGCGGCUUACAAGCAAUAAUAAAAACAAGUUGAAUGAUUACAACUUAAAAACAACAUUAAAAUACAACAUUAAAAUAUUGAAACAUUAAAAUGUAGCCUCAUCGCAGGAGGAGAAGGAAAAGAAAAAAGAAAGAGGGAGGGAGGGAAUCAAAUUGGUUCCAAGCCAAAGGCCAGGCGGAACAACUCUGUCUUACAGGCCCUGCGGAAAGAAAUCAGAUCCUGCAGGGCCCUGGUCUCAUGAGGCAGAGCGUUCCACCAGGCCGGAGCCAGUGUUGAAAAGGCCCUGGCUCUGGCUGAAGCUAAUCUAACUUCCUUAGGGCCCGGGACCACUAGGGUGUUGCUAUUUAUGGACCUUGAGGCUCUCCGUGGCGCAUACCAGGAGAGGCGGUCCCGUAGGUACGAGGGUCCUAGGCCGUGAAGGGCUUUAAAGGUCAAAAGCAGCACCUUAAAUCUGACCCUGUACUCCACCGGGAGCCAGUGCAGCUUGAAAAGCACUGGGUGAAUAUGCUCCCAUGGAGGUAAGAGCUACGUUCAGGGGAGCAGGCCACCACUGCUGCUGCUGUUUUGAUAAAUAGCAUCCUCUCCCCAGGGUUUUUCCUUUCAGCUCCUUUGCUCCUUCCCAAACAUCUGGUAUAUUUGGGAUCAGGCUGCUCCAUAUCUCCCUUUGUUCAAAGGCAGGCUAGGAAGCGUCUGUCCUUUACCCUCAAUGCCUGGAGGAAGUCGGCUUGAGGCACCAAGGGACUAAAGCGCAUUUGCCACUCGCCUCCCUCCUGUGUCCAUGUGCAACAUAUCUAGUUGUAUUAUUUUUAAUUUUUUAAUUGUUUUUUCCCCUUUUUCUUAUUAUGUUUUUACUGAAAUUUUAUUGGUGUUAGCCGCCCUGAGCCCAGCUCUGGCCGGGGAGGACGGGAUAUACAGUGAGGGGCGAAAAGUAUUUGAUCUCCUGCUAAAUUUGCCCGUUUGCCCUCUGACAGAGAAAUGACCAGUCCGUAAUUUUAAUGGUAGGUUUAUAGUAGCUGUGAAAGACAGAAUAACAGCAGGACAAACCCCAGAAACCCAGAAGACAAAAGUCAGAGAAUGGUGUGCAUUAUAAUGAGUGGAAUAAGUAUUUGAUCCCUUUGCGAAAGAUGACUUAGUACUUGGUGGCAAAACCCUUGUUGGCAAUUGCAGAGGUCAGACGUUUCUUGUCGGUGGCCACCAGGUUUGCACACAUCUCAGGAGGUAUUUUGUCCCACUCCUCUUUGCAGAUCCUCUCCAAGUCAGUAAGAUUUUGAGGCUGAUGCGUAGCUACUCAAACCUUCAGCUAGAGUUAAACGGGCAAAUUUAGCAGGGGAUCAAAUACUUUCCCCCCUCACUGUAAAUAAAAUUUGUUGUUGUUGUUGUUGUUAUCUAUUGGUGGUGUGACUUAAUAGCAUCCGAUAGGUGUCAGCUAGCGCCUCUGCAGCAAUGGCUGUGGUCAGAGCAGUUUCCCCAGCUCACUCGGCUCAGAAACCCAAGGCAAGCAGGUGGCAUUCAGAUGUCAAAGGCAGUAGCAGCCUUUAGGAUCAGGUGCCCUGAGGUUGUGGGAGGAAAGGGAAGAAACUUGAAGCAGAUCUCUCCCAUCACCCGGGAGAGGAGUGGGUGCAGUGUCUGUAGCAGAGCUUAUUCUUUCUUUUCUUUUUUUUAAAAGGAAUUUUCAUGGGGGAGCAAGAGAGUGAUAAUGCCAAAAGGGCACUUUUAACCUUUUCAUUAAUUUUAACUAAUUUAAAUAAAUGAAAAAUAAAUGCCAUGAACCGUGCAUUUUAACAGCAAAUCGUUGUACAGUGGUACCUCGGGUUAAGAACUUAAUUCGUUCUGGAGAUCCGUUCUUAACCUGAAACCGUUCUUAACCUGAGGUACCACUUUAGCUAAUGGGGCCUCCCGCUGCCACCGCACGAUUUCUGUUCUCAUCCUGAAGCAAAGUUCUUAACCCGAGGUAAUAUUUCUGGGUUAGCGGAGUCUGUAACCUGAAGCGUCUGUAACCCGAAGCAUCUGUAACCCGAGGUAGCAUUGUAAUUGAAAGAAACUUGGCAUUUAAAUUCUAACUAAAUAUGCCCAGAAUGCUUGACAUAAUUUUUCUAGAAAAUCCUGCUCAGUGUGAAUCUCUGGAGAAGGCUGACAUUGUCUCCUGCCUCCAGCUGAAAUAAAGCAAACAACAGGGAUCAUCAUCUCUCAGGCCAAUGUUUAGCUGUGCUACCCACACAUCCUUCAACAAGCACAGUAAACCCCUCUCCCUGCACCCCCAAGAUGCAAUUAUCUUCUCAUUUCAGUUUUAUGAAGCAUUGUACAAGGUGAACUUUCCUCUGCAAGGCAACACCAUCACAUUGGGCCAAGAGGGAGAUCUGUUCCUGGGCUACAGUGUCGUCACCUGGAGCUGGGAAAAUGGCACGGCUACUUUCAAGAUGAUCGGCAGCUACAGUUCCCAAGCCCUGAAUAUCAACAAGUCUGAAAUCAGUUGGCCAGCACCAGGGGAUCAGGUAAGAUACCAGGCGAAACACCCAGAAAGAAGGAAAACACGGGCAAUGCUGGAUGGGGAUGGUAGAUGUUGGGAGAGAGAAGUUUGGAAGAGAUUCUUACUCUUCAUAGCAGAGCUAAGCACAGUGGCGGAUGCUCCAAUUUACAUCUGCCCACCUUUAAACAAAUGUUCCCCACAUAAAUGCUCAGGCUAGAAUAAAUCACAGGGACUUAGCUUUCCAAAUAAGUGAAGCUUUUACUCACAGAGAUUCCAGGAGUUACAAGAAACAAGUCUCUAUCCACUGGCAGUAAAAAUAAGAAAGAAAAGGUUCCAGAUGACUCCCAAAAGAAAAGAACUUGGUUUCCAUAUGAAAAGAAUCAUGCAAUCUUUAGGUUAACAAAGACGCAGACUUUAAAAUCUCCUUUUUGGAGAGAUUCAGUUAUUCCAGGAAGCACAAAGAGGGGGAAAGAGAGAGAAGGGGUGCUAAGCUCCUUCUCAACUGGCAACCUGAGCUCGGGUUAACCCUUUCAUUCACGCAACCGUGAGUCAGUAGCUAGAUCUUACAAAAGAUGGGAGCUGUACUCCAAACAUCUGGAGGACAUCAGAUUGGGGAACAGAUUGGGGCUUACUUGGACAUAAAAGAACCUAAGAGCAGCCAUCUGGAUCUGACCCAAAUGGCUCCUUCUGCUCCAGCAUUCCGUUUCUCAUAGCGAUCAAAGAGAUCUUUCUGGGAAGCUUCCUAUUGCUGCUUCCACAUGCUGCUUAUCCAGGGCGUUGCUGCAGCUCCUGGAUAAUUUAGCUUGCUCUCUUCACACCUUUUCCAGCUUUACAAUAUCCUACAUUUUUAUCUUCAUUCAUUUAGACAAAGUAAUAAUCAUAAAUAAAUAAGAAUAAACAUGUGUACCCCACCACUGAGACCAUUCCAUUGUAAGUAUCCAACCUCCCAAAAUUUCAACACUCCUUGUGAUGGUUUGACCCCCUUCCGUUUUAACAGUACACUACAUUUUUCUGAUAUAAUAUCCUACAUUAUCCUACAUUUUUCUCAACAUACAUUUGCAUAAAAGCCUUGUGAUAUUGACGGACUGAUUUGUUAUUCCUUUUUAAUGACCCCUGGGUGCGGUGUGGUGAACUACCGACUGACUUUCACAAGUCGCCAACAACUCAAAUGCCUCCACCUAACCAAACUCUCCUGUUCUAGGUCCCCAAAUCAUAUUGCAUAGCAGUGUGUGAAGUGGGUCAAAUCCGAAGCAAGCAAUUGCUGGACGAGUGUUUAUGUCGCUGUGACGACUGCCUGGAAGGGACCUAUCAAAACGAAACAGGUGAGUUCAAACACCGCAUGGCUCAGGGAGCCACAUUUGUGAAUCUGAAGACUGGCCUCCGCUAUGCGCUAGACAAGUUCUAGCUUCCUCCCUUGACUCAGAGGUCAUCAGUGCCAAGUAGGCAGAGGCUUAAGGCAGGAAAGAGUCCCAAGGUGUAGAAGUUAAGAGUGCCAGAUAAGGUUCUGGGUUCAAAUCCCCGUUCACGAUGUCUUUUGUGAUGGCGCCAAUUCCUCCGAAUGAACAACAGUCUAGAACAGGAGCGCAAAGGACCACUGCUGUUCACUUUUGCCUCUAUCCCUUCAUGAGCUGGCAGAGGGUCCUCUGGAGGGAUUGUUUUUGUUCUGAGUCACAACACAGCUUCACCCUCUGCCCCUUUCCCCUCUCCCCCAAGCAGAGACUCAGGCAAAGGGCUCUUUGUAGAUGGCAACACAGGCUCCAGCGAUUGUCUCUAUCUGUGACUCCACGACCUUUGCAAAGGCCCAUGCCGAGCUUUGCACAGAGUGUGGGGCUCUGCAAAGCCCCAGAAAGCUCACCAGCUAUAAGACACCAUCUGGGGGAAACAUGGGAUUAAAAAAUAAUUAUUAAUUAAUUAUUUCUUCUUCUUCUUCUUCUUCUUCUGCUGCUGCUGCUGCUGCUGCCGCCAGACUUUGCACAGAGACUGAGGCUUGGCCAAAGCCUUUUUCACUGUCCACAAUGGGAAGGCAGGGCUCAAAAGCAGAACUGUAGAGCUGGAAGGGACCCCAAGGGUCAUCUAGUCCAACCCCCUGCAAUGCAGGAAUCUCAGCUAAAGCAGAUGGGCAUCCAACCUCUGCUUAAAAACCUCCAAGGAAGGAGAGUCCACAACCUCCCAUGGGAGAUGGUUCCACGGUCGAACAGCUCUUCCUGUCAAAAGUUUUUCCUGAUGCUUAGUCGGAAUCUCAUGUGACAGCCCUUUGGACACUUGAGGAUGACCAUUGUAUCUCCUCUCAGUCUCCUCUUUUCUAGCUAAACAAUACAGUGGUACCUCUGGUUACAUACGCUUCAGGUUACAGACGCUUCAGGUUACAGACUCCGCUUAACCCAGAAAUAUUACCUCAGGUUAAGAACUUUGCUUCAGGAUGAGAACAGAAAUCGCAUUCCGGCGGCGCGGCGGCAGCGGGAGGCCCCAUUAGCUAAAGUGGUGCUUCAGAUUAAGAACAGUUUCAGGGUAAGAACAGACCUCCAGAACGAAUUAAGUUCUUAACCCGAGGUACCACUGUACCCAGCUUCUUCAACCAUUCCUCAUAAGGCUUGGCUUCUAGACCCUUGAUCAUCUGAGCUGCCCUUUUCUGCACAUGUUCCAGCUUGUCAACAUAUCUUUCCUAGCCUGGGAGAGAUCCCUGCACGGAAGUCCUGGAGAGUCAAUGUAGAGACAAUAACACUGAGCUAGUCGGUGCCUGCCUUGGUGUAAGGCACUUUCUUCUACUUCUAAGCAGUCCUGCUGCUGACUGAGCUUCUCCUUUCCUCCUCUUCAGGUGGAGACACUUGCAUCCCGUGCCCCCCGGGGAUGUGGUCCCCUCUGAAGAGCAGCACCUGCUUCCCCCCACUCAUCACGUAUCUCGACAUCACCACCACCGCCAUCUUGGCCCUGGUGAUCCUGGCCAUCGUCGACUUCUUCCUGCUCUUUGGCUGCUUGCUGGUUUUUGCCCUCCACCGUCAAACGCCAGUGGUCAAAGCGGCCGGGGGCAAGCUGGCUUUCGUCAUGCUGGCCUCGCUGCUGGCUUCCUGCACCACCACCAGCCUGUUCGUCGGGAAGCCCACUGAGGUCACCUGCCUGAUCCGGCAGCCCUUGUUCGCCAUCAGCUUCACCGUCUGCGUCUCCUGCCUCCUGGUCCGCUCCUUCCAGAUCAUCUUCAUCUUCAAAAUGGCCUGCAAGCUGCCCCCCGGAGCCGCCAAGUGCUGGGUCAAGUACAAAGGCACCUACGUCUCGGUCGGCCUCAGCUGUGGCCUGCAGGCCCUCAUCUGCCUCCUCUGGCUCCGCUUCUCCCCGCCUACAUUGCAAGAGGAUUUUGUGAGCGAGAGGGAGGUCUACCUGCAAUGUUCAGAAGGCCACUUCAUGGGGCUAGGAGGGGUGCUGGGCUACAUCACCCUGCUGGGCGGCGCUUGCUUCGCCUUCGCCUUCUGGGGCCGCAACCUGCCCAAGAAUUACAGCGAGGCGAGGCUCCUCACCACCAGCAUGCUGGUCUUCCUCAUGGGCUGGGGCUGCUUCAUGCUCAUCUACAUCACCACCGAAGGGAAGGGCAAAGGGAUCCCUGCCUUGCAGAUGUUCACGGUGCAGACCAGCGUCUACGCCAUCCUCUGCACCUUCUUCCUGCCCAAAUGCUACCUGAUCCUCUUCCGGCCGCAGUUCAACACGGUGGCCCAUUUCCAGACCUGUAUCCAAGCCUACACGGCCACAGUCAGAAACGCCGAGCAGUGA